AUGAGAUUGUCACUAGGUGAAAACAACAACAUACAAGAACUCAGAAAUUUUGCAGAAUGGCUACUCAAAAUUGGUGAUGGUUUGGCUGGUGAUUCAACAGAUGGUGAAUCGAUCGUUCAUAUACCAUCUGACAUUUUGAUUAAGAACUUUGAGACAGCUUUGGAUGACCUCAUUGAUUUCGUGUAUCCAGAUAUGUUAUCCAAUUUAUCCGUUGAAAAUUAUUUCAAGGAUAGAGUAAUUCUUGCACCAACUUUGGAUUGUGUCACUGAUGUCAACAACAAGAUGACUGAAGGGUUACCUGGACAAGAAAGAGUCUACUUAAGUUCAGACUCUGUGUGUGAUGAAGAGGGAAAUAUAGAAUUUGAGUUAGAUGCUUUCUCGCCGGAGAUUCUAAAUGGAAUAAAUUGUUCAGGUCUACCACCACACAAGUUGGUUCUGAAGGUUGGCGCUCCUGUUAUGUUGCUACGGAAUAUAGACCAAACUAAUGGUUUGUGCAAUGGAACGAGGAUGCAAGUUAGAAGAAUGGAAAAUCAUGUGAUAGAAUGCAAGACUUUAACUGGUAACAAAGCUGGAAGUAUUAUUCUUAUCCCAAGACUGAAUCUAAUUCCAAAUAAUGAAACAUUGCCGGUCAGGUUUCAAGGAAGACGAUUCCCAAUUAUCAUGUCAUUUGCAAUGACAAUAAAUAAGUCCCAGGAACAAACUCUAUCGAAAGUUGGAAUUUACCUUCCAAGGCCAGUUUUCACCCAUGGUCAAUUGUAUGUUGCGUUAUCAAGGGUAACGAGUAAAGAUGAUCUGCGAGUGCUAUUGCAAGAUCAUUGA